UCCUCGGCUCCACGUGCGGCGGCGGAGCGGGGAAGUUGCCGGCGGCCGGCGCUGCGGACCUCGCUCCUCUCCCGCCGCUGCCCGGCCCUCCCCGUCCCUCGGGAGAACGCGGCUCCGAUUUCUUGCACAGCCAGCCGCUCAACGGAAAGGGAGUUCUUCAGUCUCUUGUUUCAAAAGACCUUGGACAAUCUUCUGCUGUUCCACUCCCUUUGGUCCCACAUUUCAGCAAAAAAAAAAAGAUCCAAAGAGGAGGAUGAGGCAGCUUAGAGGAAAACCCAAAAAAGAGACCUCCAAAGAUAAAAAGGAGAGAAAACAGGCAAUGCAGGAGGCCCGGCAACAGAUCACCACCGUGGUGCUUCCCACGCUGGCCGUCGUAGUACUGCUGAUUGUUGUGUUUGUUUAUGUAGCGACUCGUCCAAAUACAACUGAAUGAUGCAGCUUUUCAGACUCUCUAGCUUUGGGAUAUUAAUUUCACCAAGAGCCAAAAGGAACUCUCUGCCACUCUUUUAGUACUUUGCAAAGGAUCUUGCUGGUAUUUUCAGUCUUUCUUUUGGCUAGAGUCCCACGGAUUCUCUUUAGGAAUGUAACAUAAAACGUAUUAGUGAAUGUGCCAGUACGUUUUAUGGUCCAGUUAUGUGCCUUUCAGACUUUUAAAAAUGGUGUUUUUCUUAAAGCUGUUUGAAGCUCUAUAUUGUAAAAGGAAAUCGUGUUCUGCUAUAAAUUUGUAAAAAAUCAGCUUUCAGCUUUUAUCACUGUUACGGAUAAUGUUGCUCCCAUGAGCUCUUGUAUGUCUAUUUCAGAACUUCCAAAGAAGUACAUUUCUUCUUUGUACUUAAUGUCAUAUGAAGUGCUUUGAUUCAGAAAGGAUAUAUUUAUUUUUUGAAUAAAAGAAGUCUUACUUGGAAUCUUCAAAUUAUUUUGCAAAAAAAUUGUGACAUUGUGAAAGCCUACAUUGUGUAAUGAUUUUUUCAUCAACCACUAUAUAGUUCAUUCAAAAAGAAUUUCUUUUUGGUGCGAGAUGCCAACAUGCAAAGUGAAUACUUCAGGAUAUGCUGGAUGGAAUCUUACAGAAAUUGGACAGGGAGAUUCUGCCAGGUUAUGGUGAGGUAACUGAUAAAAAACUACAUAAACACAGUUGCUUAUCUGAAUGUUCAAUAUUUGAAACCGUGUAAGUGGCAAUAAAAAGGUGGUUUUGCAUACA